AGCCCCCCUGCCCUGCCGCUGCCCUGCUGCUGCCUGCCGCCUGUCGCCGUCGCCGUCGCCGGUCGCCUCCGUCAAGGCCAAUCCUGCCGCCUCACCGCUCCUGCCACCGCACGGUUCCGCCGUCGACUCCCACGAAUUUGAAAGAAUGAGUGAUAAUCGAUCGUGGAUGUACGCGAGAUACAAUGAUCGUGCUGCAUUUGAAACGGGACUUGAGAGUUUCCUUGAGUUUGCAAUAAAUCAAACAGCGUAUACAGAUGAAAUUGGUAACAUUAGGUGCCCGUGUAGGAAGUGUAAGAAUAAAGUCUUUGCAUCUGUACCUACAGUCAGAGAACAUGUUACUAGGCGUGGAUUUGUCCACAAUUACACGAACUGGUGUUAUCAAGGGGAAGCACCAGUGUAUAUGCCGGCAGAACAUACUAUAAUGGAUGAGGAUGAUGGGUCAUACAGUAAUUACCAAAGGAUGGUGCAUGAUCAUGCUGGACCUAGUAAUUAUCAAGAUCCUCCAAAUCUUGAGGAGCCGCCUAAUCCUGACGCUCAACAAAUUUAUGACAUGUUGAACGCAGCCGAUAGUCCUCUAUACCCUUCCUGUGACACUUACUCACAGUUAUCCUGGAUUACACAGAUGAUGAGCAUAAAGGUUGAAAAUCACAUGUCAGAGAGAUGUUUUAAUCAGAUAUCUGAGAUGGUUCAAAACGCUUUAUCGAAGGAUAACAACUGCCCUGACAGCUUUUACAGUACGAAGAGAAAUCUGCGCGGGUUGGGUUUGCCGCACGUGAGACCGAACGAGCAGCACGUGAGGCCCUUGAGCAGCGGAUGAGUCAGUUCGAGGAGAUACUGAGGCGGUCGGGUCAGCUACCUUGAGCAUCACUUUUAUGUAUCUAUAUCAUGUUGAACUUUUUUUUUUUUUUUAUGUUAUGUUUCUGAACAAACACAAUUACACUUGAACUUUGUUUAACAUUUGUGUUUUGUUGAACAAUUUAAUUGUUUUAUGUUUUCAAAUCGUCCUAUUUAUUGUGAGUGAAUUCAAGGUAUGCAAAUGAAUUCAAAAUACAUUAUAAUUACAAAAUGAAAAUACUUAUACUCUAUAACGUAGAUUGAUAAAAAAAAAUUAAUAACAUAUUGAUUAAUAAAUAGAUAUAUUGUUUCGACAUAAAAAUAAGGACAUAUAUGCAAAUGAAUUCAAAAAUACAUUAAAACUAUCAAAUUAAAAUACUUAUGAUUAAUAAACUAUAUUGAUAAAAAAAUUAAAAAAUAAAUAUUUAUUUGCCAUAAAAAUACGGGCGGCACGAGACUGGUCCGUAAUUAACAACAUUACUUGGAUAUUAUCUCCUCAUAUUCAAAUGUUAUGAAUAUAUGAUAUAUAUUGUAUAUUGAAAUAG